AUGACUAUGAGAACAAGACUUUUACGGCGUAGGAAUAUAAUUCGCACUUUAAAAAAGUGGAUCCCCAAGCUUCGGUUUAUUUUAUUUGCUGUUGGAGUCACUUGGUUGUUCGUUUUACCUUCAAAGCAGUAUAGCAAGCGUACCUAUAUCUCGGAAAAUGCUUUGCUACCGGGACAGGUAAAGACGUAUUAUAGCUGGUCAGAGGUCAAUGAAGCUAGUGUGUAUGCCGAGUCGAUAGAGUCGCUGGUGAAUGCUAGUAGCCUGGAAAAGGCAGCAGCUAUCGAAAGAGAAUUGAGAAAAUCGGGGUUCAAAACUGCAACACAGAAUUUCACUGUGAAUAUUCUUGGAAAGCCGAUAACCGGUGUGAAUGUUUUCGCUAUUCUUAACGCUCCAAGGGGAGAUGGUACUGAAGCACUGGUGUUGAGUGCGCCUUGGAAAUCAAAAGAUGGGAUCACGGAUAAUAUAAAUGGAGUUGCGGCCGCACUUUCGAUAGGGAAUUCCCUGAAAAAGUAUACAUAUUGGUCAAAGGAUAUCAUUCUUUUAAUAUCUGAUGGAGCCGAAAUCGGAGUCCAAGCGUGGUUGGAGGCUUAUCACGAUUAUCAGAGAUCAGACAUGAUAGGUUCUCCUUUACUCUUGCGCUCGGGCGCAAUUCAAGCAGCUGUGAAUUUGGAUUUUCCUGGUACCCAUUCGUAUCGUGCGCUGGGCUUGUUCUUUGAGGGGUUGAAUGGCCAAUUGCCUAAUCUCGAUCUGUUAAAUAUCGUCGUGCGCAUCUGUCGCGUCUCUGCUUAUAUUCCUGUCAUGCUUCAUGAGACUGGGCAUAUUUACCAGUAUAAUGAUGAUUAUGGAGAUUACAAGUCAUCGCUCCAUAAUUUAAUAACAACAAUGAAAUUCCAGGCAUUAGGACAUCCAACCGGGAAUCAUGGUUUAUUUCUAAGAUACAAAAUCGACGCGAUUACGUUGUACGGGAAAGUGGAUGAGGAAGUUAAUCAGCAGAAAUUUCGAUUCUAUGAAAUUGGAUCUGUAGUCGAAUCCACGUUUCGAAGUUUGAAUAAUCUACUCGAACAUUUCCACCAAUCUUUCUUCUUCUAUUUGCUACCGAGUCCCGAACGAUACAUAUCUAUAGAUCACGCUUUAGCAUUAUGGGCUUCUACCGGAGAUGACCCUAACAUCCAAUCAGCACCAUCUUCAUCCGUUACUGUGACCGCUACCCCUGGUUCGUCCAAAGAUGCCAAACAUACGGUCGAUGACUUGGCUGUAGCAUUGCCCUACAACAGGCGACCACGCAGAAUCGCAUUCCCCUUGGCAGUAUUAAUUGGGACACAUGCGGCUGGAUUGGUUAUUCUAUUCGUUGUCAAAAAUCACUUUGACAUAAGUCGUCUCGCAGAAUUGUUCGGGAUUCCGGGAUAUUUAUCUACACUCAGCCUUACUUCAUCGAUCUCAAUAGUGACGACUUCAGUAUUAGUGACGACGCUCGAAUCGCGCUCGCUUGCCAAUUCUCGCUCUCAACCUUUGCGCCCUGCUAACCUCACUCCAUCGCCCGAUUGGGCUGUAUUAAAAUGCUUUAGUCUUGCAUAUACGGGAAUGAUAAUCUCGUGUCUGUCGGUUCUCAAUUAUAGCCUGGCAGUAUUUGUCGCCUUGGCAGUUGUGAUUCCAUUCUCAUUGUUCCGACCAACCGAGCAACAGUUACUGAGAGCAUUACAACUAUUUGUGCUUUUGGUAAUAUCUCCACCCGGAUUAUUAUUACUAUCAGGUGUCGACAUAAGGGCGUUCUUGGAAUGGCAGUUAUCGGAAUAUUUGGUACUUGGAAAUUACUUACUGCCUUUUGUGUGUUGUACGUACUGGCCGACUAUACUGGCAUAUGGAAUUAUUGUGUUUGCACCCGUUAGGUAA